GCCCGAGAGUUGCCCGAGUUGCCCGAGAGCAAGGCCCUACCGAGAGUUGCCCGAGAGAAGAAACCAAGCAAGAUCCCCGCUUACAUCAACCCAUCCGCAUUAUUCCGUCGGCGAUAUUCGGGUCCUUUGAUAUCGAUCGGCCGUCUGCGUUGUCUGCCGAUAGUUGCCAGCCCUACCCGAUCCGGUCCUGCAGACUGGCCGGCCGCCGACCGGUCCAACCGGGCAUAUGUCCAAAGUAAACAUGACAAAGGCCCGGCCGCCGGAGCCGCGGCUGCCUCCGCUGAGUAUGUCGGGCCUGUACCGGGCGCUGGACUACGAGUACCGGCACCCGGCCACCCUGCACCCGGUGAUACCGCAGGAGCGGCGACCGGCGCCCACCGGCCACUCGUGUCAGCCGGCGGUGCUCGACCAGCGCCGGCGGGCGGCCCAGCUGCAGCGCUUCCUCGGGGAGGCCGCCGCCGGUCCGGCGCCCACAGCCGUCCCCGGGUCGGCCGGCGCCGGCGCCGAGCCCGGCUCCGAGCGCGGCGUGGGCUGCGCGGGCCGGCCGGCGGCACCGGCGCCGGCGCCGUCCCGUCUGGACCGCCUGGCGGCGGCGGUGCGCGAGAGCCGCCGCCAGCCGCGCGUGGAGGGCGCCGACCUGGACCAGGCGCUGGCCGGCCGGCACCCGCUGCACGAGACGGCGCGCCGGCUGCUGCAGCGCGUCAAAGAGGACAACGAGCUGCUGCAGCUGCCGGCCGGGCGGCGCGCCGGCUCGUCGGGCGCCGGGUCGGCCGGCCGGUCCCUGGCCGCCGGCGGCCGGCGCGGCCACCUCACCUCCGCCAGGGUCGGAGGCGACGAGCGGGAGCGGCGCAAACGCAUGUUCUCCAUACUCUACCAGUGAUGGUCAAAGAAGACCGGGGUCAAGCAGAAGACUGGAGAGGGAGGACCCAGCAGCGAGGGCUGGGGCGAAUAGGGCGUCAGGAGACCGAACUGAUACAAGCAACGAUACGACCCGAAUCCAACAACUCACGGGAUCACGACCACCAAAGACGAGUUUUCCACCCAAGAAUGAAAAACAAAAUAUAUUAUUGUCAUAACACACAUGUGUGUUACACCAAUGAAGCCUUCAAUGUCCAUCCUUUGACGGACCAAUGCACGGUCACCGCAGAAUGCGAUGGUUGUCUGUUGGGAAUAUCUCGCAAUCUGCAGUGCAGCCCAACGAUCCUUUCGUAGAUGAGCACCCAUUAAGGUCAAGCCAGUGGCUCUGCUUCGAUCGUGCAUUCUCACGCGAGGUAGAUCCGGGUGUAUGUGACAGAGGGUGUACGUCGUACGACCGGCAUGGGCAGAUAGUCGACGGUUCAUAAGCGGAACGGCCUAUCAAUGCCCGGCGCGGAAUCGAUGUGUGCGAUCAGCGUAUCAGAUAAUCCACCCAUCCAAUGGUUCGGUAUUCUUCGGUCUAGUAAAUCUAUCAAGUUGGUGCCUGGCA